AUGAUUACUUCUUCUUCUUCUUCUUCUUCUUUCAACAAAGUCGCUUCCUUACUCUCGAGCAACUCCCUUGGCGGUGGUGUUCAAAAUCGUGGUCGUCGUCAUCGCACGGCGGCGGUUUUGACGACGAAAGCUUCUUCUUCUUCGUCUUCGUCGUCAUCGAAAAGUGAUGAUGAUGCAAAAAAUCAUCUCAACCGCCGAAGUGCUUUGAGGAGAGUCUUCGUGGCAGCAGCGACUUUUGCGUCUUCAUCAUCAGCGUUGGCAAACGAAAACAUGACCAACAUCGAGGACGACCGACGAACGACUUUAUACGCGGAAACGGUGAAAAUAAGAAAGUUUGAAGACCCGGACGCGUUUCAGAAAGACGUGCAAUAUUUGAGCAGCUGCCCGGAAGUGAGCGAAAGUUGCGUCUCGACGACGAACGACGACGAAGGACAUUUUCUCAAUCCGUGGGGGUUUUCCAUGUCGAAAGCGAACGCAAUGAGAGAGUUAGUGAUGGUAGCGUUAGGGAAUAAGGAAGGGGAGGGGUACUUUUCGUACGACGAAGGGAGAGAUUCGAGAGUAUCGACGGCGGUGCGAGGCGCGUCGGUCGGCAUCGAAGCCAUGCGAAAGAAAGCGCGGGAAAGCGCGUUGAGAGAUUUGGCGUUGGAAGAGAAAGGUGGGGGAGACUUGAAUACUAGCAGCAUGCCGGAAAUGAAAGGUCCUCUCGGGGAUUGCAUAGAAUACGACGUGAACAAUGGGAAGAUUGUUUUGAGAUUGUUCGACGUUCCGGGCGGGGUGAAAGACCCGGACAUCGUCGUAAACGAAAGCGACGUUUUUGACGCCGAGUUUUACUUUUUAGACAACGACGCGAUUGUGGACGUUCGGAUAGCCGCGAGAGAUGCGCCCAAAGGAGGCAGUUUCGCCUUGAGUUACGAUCAGGGCAUCAAGUUUGAGAAGAAUAGAGCCAGAAAUUUAGCGGAUCAAAUAAGACAAAAGUUAGGAUGGGAAAUCGUUCCAGUCAUCGCCAGCUUCGACCCGAAAUGGGAUUCAAAAAGGAGAAUGUGGUUUGAGGACAUACUCGAUCCGCAAGAGAACAUAAGCGGCGAGUGGAAUAGCUUUAGCGGGACGAGUUGGAUCCCAAACCCGGCGGCCAUCGUCGAUAAACUUUCGAGCAGAUAG